AAAGAAAGCACUCUAAUUUUGGCAACCACAUGUGUACAUGUCACAGCGGCACAUGAUAACGCGAUCCACAUCUGUAAAUAGCACAAGCACCCUGCCUGUACUUGAACAUUUAUAGUUGUACACCAAUUGCAGCCCAUCAAAUCCCCAAAGCAUACCACCAAAGAAAUCAGCAUGGCAAUCCGGUCGGCGUGCUUGUUGUUACUGCUAACCGCCUCCAUGUUCUUUUCCACACUCCCGGCCGCCGACGCCGACGAUGAGGCGGCGCUGCUGGCCUUCAAGGCGGCAGCGGUUGGCGGCAAUAGCAACGCGCUCGCUUCCUGGAAUGGGAGCACCGAUGGUGGAUACUGCAGCUGGGAGGGGGUGAGGUGCCGCGGCAGGCACCGUCGAGUGGUGGCGCUGAGCCUGCCAUCCUAUGGGCUCACUGGCGUGCUCUCGCCUGCCGUCGGAAACCUGUCCUCCCUGAGGAUUCUUAACUUGACCUACAACGAAUUCAGCGGUAACAUCCCCGCGAGCCUCGGUCGUCUUGGCCACCUCCGCAUCCUCAACUUGAGCCAAAAUGCCUUCUCUGGCCCGCUCCCCACCAACCUGAGCUCAUGCACUAGCUUAAUGGUGAUGCACCUCCGCUUCAACCAGCUCAGCGGGAGCGUGCCUUCUGAGUUCGGCGACAAACUGAUGAGUCUUAGGUUUCUCACCCUUAGGAACAACAGUCUCACCGGUUCCAUCCCAGCGUCACUGGGCAACUUAUCUUCAUUGGGUGCUCUGGAACUCUCAUUUAACCAGCUUGAGGGUACUAUCCCGCGUAACCUUGGCAUUCUCAAGGAUCUCCAGUUUCUUGGGCUCGCCUUCAGCAACCUCUUUGGCGAUCUCCCUGUCUCCCUAUACAACUUGUCUUCAAUGGAAAUUAUGCAGAUUCAGUCCAACAUGCUCAGCGGAAGCAUCCCUACUAAUAUUGGCAGUAUGUUCCCCAACAUGCAACACCUUAUUUUAGCGGGAAACCAGUUCACCGGGCACAUCCCUGCUUCACUCUCCAACCUCACAUCACUCCAGGUACUUGACCUCGCACAAAAUAGCCUCAGUGGAUAUGUACCUCGCACGGUGGGGAAACUACGAGUCCUGCAAAAUCUGUACUUGGGCGAGAAUAUGCUAGAAGCUAACGACAGGGAAGGAUGGGAAUUUAUCACUUCUUUGUCAAAUUGCAGCCAGCUCCGGCGAUUAAUUAUCUAUGCCAACACCGCUUUCACCGGGCACCUACCAAGCUCAAUAGUGAAUCUCUCAACAACCCUACAAUUUCUCUUGUUUAGCGACACUGGGAUUUGGGGAAGCUUGCCCUCAGCUAUCGGCAAUCUGGUGGGCCUUGAAAGGAUUGAUGUUCAAGAUACUUCCAUAUCCGGAGUGAUUCCAGAUAGCAUCGGCAAUCUUGGAAAAUUGACUACACUUAGUUUGUUCAAUACUAACUUGUCAGGCCAAAUACCGUCGUCUAUUGGGAAUCUCACAAAGUUAGUUUGGUUUUCUGCAUAUCAUAGCAAUCUAGAGGGACCAAUUCCAGCAAGCAUUGGGAAGUUAAACAGUAUAGUUCACUUAGAUUUGUCAACGAACCAACUAAACGGUUCAAUUCCUAGGGAGAUUUUCAAACUACCACUUAGUUCUUUGAGUUAUUUAAACCUAUCGUAUAAUUCACUAUCUGGACCCCUCCCCUCAGAAGUUGGUAACUUGGGUAACCUAAACUUCUUGGUUCUAUCAGGAAACCGACUGUCUGGAGAGAUACCUGAAAGUAUUAGGCUGUGCACUGUGCUGCAAGAACUUUGGUUGGACGAUAACUUAUUCAAUGGAAGUAUACCCCGAUCUCUAAACAGGGGUCUGGCUGCACUCAACUUGUCCCUGAAUGAGUUGUUUGGUACUAUUCCUGAAGCCAUUGGAAAUAUUCAUGGCCUGCAACAGUUGAGUUUAGCACACAACAAUUUGUCAGGGCCAAUCCCUGCAGUUUUACAGAAUCUAGCAUCAUUGUCGAUGUUGGAUUUGUCCUUCAACAACCUGCAAGGGGAAGUGCCAAAAGAGGGGAUUUUCAGAAAUCUGACCAAACUGUCAAUCACUGGAAAUAACAACCUUUGUGGAGGAAUACCACCACUUCAUUUAGCUCCAUGCAAGAUAGAUUAUGAAAGAAAAAACAGAAGAAGACAUUUGAAGUAUCUUACAAUAGCUCUACCAACAACCGGUGCACUCUUAUUAUUAGCCAUCCUUACUGCGCUCAUUUACUUGAUCUAUAAGAAGGAUAAGCAGAGGAGCCCAUUCCAACCAUCAAUAGUUGAGGAACAGUAUGAAAGAAUUUCCUACCAUGCAUUAGAAAAUGGAACCAAUGGAUUCUCAGAAGCAAAUUUGCUUGGUAAAGGAAGCUUCGGGGCAGUCUAUAAAUGUGCUUUGCAAGGUGCGGGAACUAUUGUGGCUGUAAAAGUUUUAAACCUUGAACAGUCUGGCUCUACUAAAAGUUUCAUAGCUGAAUGUGAGGCAUUGAGAAGAGUGCAUCACCGAUGUCUUAUAAAGAUCAUCACCUGCUGCUCAAGCAUCAACAAACAAGGUCAAGACUUCAAGGCAUUGGUUCUUGAGUUCAUGCCGAAUGGUAGCUUGCACUCUUGGCUCCAUAAAAAAUUUGACAUGCCCACUCAGAACAAUACUCUCAGCUUAGCACAAAGGCUGGAUAUUGCUGUUGAUAUCAUGGAUGCCUUGGACUAUCUUCAUAAUCACUGCCAGCCACCAAUCGUCCACUGUGAUCUCAAGCCAAGCAACAUCCUUAUUGCAGAAAAUAUGACGGUCCGUGUUGGAGAUUUUGGCAUAUCUAGAAUCAUUUCAGAAAGUGGAAGUACAACUCUGCAAAAUUCUAAUAGCACAAUUGGAAUAAGAGGCUCCAUUGGCUAUGUUGCUCCUGAGUAUAGUGAAGGAUCUUCCAUCACAACUCUUGGUGAUGUUUAUAGCCUAGGAAUACUGCUGCUCGAGAUGUUUACAGGAAAGAGUCCAACAGAUGCUAUGUUCACAGGUUCACUAGAUCUACACAAGUACUCAGAGGAUGCUCUUCCGCACAAAAUCUGGGAGAUAGCGGAUACAACAAUAUGGUUGCACACAAACACCUAUGAUGACAGUAUAAGAAACAGAACUGAGAAUUGUUUGAGCCAUGUCAUUUCCCUUGGGAUAUCCUGCUCAAGAAAACAACCUAGAGAGAGGACACUGAUACAGGAUGCAGCAACUAAGAUGCAUGCUAUCAGAGAUUCAUACCAGUCUGGUGGUAGAACAUGAGGAUUAGCAACAACUCUACAAGCAGCAGAGAAUAAGUAGAGCUGAAAAUGAGCAAGAUGGUUGCAGAUAGUCACUUGCCUUAAAUAGCUGAAGAUGUAUAUGAUGCUUCAGUUCUAUCAUCCAUACAUAUAACAAUCUGCAUUCGUUUACAUCAGUUUUAUGAAAGUCCAGAGGACGUCUAAUAAAGAGUAAUGCAUCGGUAAGAUUAAAUUCAGAGUUUUAAGUCACUUUUAUUAGAGAAUUCAAUAAGAUGUAUAAGUCAAAAUUUAGCCAAUUGAUAUUCUUGUGUUGUUUCCCAGUAAUUCCCUCCAUGGUACAGAGGAAUUCUAAGGUCAAUUAUGUUCGCAUCUUUGUAGAGUAUUGGGGAAUGCUCUAAGAUGUUAUCUCAAUGAGCCCUGCUUUCCUUCUUAAUUCAAAGCAGAGAGGUUGUCUGCCUCUUCCCAUCAA